GGGUCGCAGGAUGCUGCUCACGACCUGGAGACCAUGAGGAAGCACAAGGUUACUCAUGUUCUAAAUGUGGCAUAUGGAGUCCAAAAUGCCUUCCUCAAUGACUUUAUGUACAAGACUAUUUCUAUUCUGGACCUCCCAGAAACAGAUAUUACCUCCUAUUUCCCAGAAUGUUUUGAGUUUAUUGAGAAAGCAAAGAUCGAGGAUGGUGUGGUGCUGGUCCACUGUAAUGCUGGAGUCUCCCGUGCAGCAGCAAUAGUCAUUGGUUUCCUAAUGAAUUCAGAAGGACUGAGUUUUGAUAAAGCCUUUUCCUUGGUGAAAAACGCAAGGCCUGCAGCUUGUCCAAAUCCUGGCUUCAUGGAGCAGCUUCACAAGUACCAAGAACAGAAUGUAAAGGCAAAUGGAAUCAUAAAUGAUCACAACUGA